AUGGCGCAAGUAUCAGCUGCAACAGUGAGGAAGAGUGGCCGAAAUAUAGCAACAAAAGCGCUGAUUGUGCAGGAAUAUAAACGACGGUUAAAGGAUAACAUUAAAUCGUUGAAUGAUAACUUUAUUAAUAUUAUUUCUGUCGCAAAGAUUAAUAUUGAUGAUGCAGCGCACAAAAAUCCAGUAGGUCGAAUGAGUGAUUAUUAUACAAUGAGGAACGAAACUGCUGCACGGGCUGCUCUGAUGAUACGAGCUGCAGAUGAGUUGUUGAAGUUAACUCACGACCUUAAGGAAUUCCUAAUUUUGCAUGAUUUCAAUUUUUUGAGUUAUGCUAUCCAGAAUGCAGAAGAUCGAGCUGAAAAAAAAAUGGACGACUGUAUAUUGCGGUAUGACGCAAUGCGUUUGGAUAUAUCAUCCAUGGUGACAGAUAUAGAUAGGGAGUUGAUGGAUCAUUUUUCAAUUAGGCAUUAA